AUGGAUACCGAACUGGCCGGCAUUUGGUCCACCCUGAUCGUCAGCACCGCCAAGACUCUGCCCGCAGGACGCGGCCCUUGGUUCGGGCUCGGCGCCGGCCUACUCAAGAAAGGCGAGUUUGAGAUCAAGAUCAUAAAACAUCCCAAGCCGACGAAGGCCUCAUCUCCCUCCGAAGCCAACGCCCGGCCGACUGAGCCUCUAUCACCCAGCUUCCCUAGAGUCUUCGCAGGCCCACUGAUCUUAACCUCCGCCGCUGACGGAAUUCAUCCCGGUAAAUACACUCAUCAGGACUUUACCUUGCUGCAAACAGGUUAUGACCGCUUGACCGUUCAAAUUGUGGGUUAA